UAUUUUCAAUCCACUUGAUAUGCAGGGGAGGAAGAAUUAUUUGGAGUAAAAAAGAGUCAGAAGCAUCAAAACAAAGUGGCCACUAUAGGGUAUUGGAAGCUUCAAAUUUGUCCAUGGCUUCUUCAGCAUCACAAUCUUUACCAUCAAAAAACAACCUUAUUCAUGUAUUUUGGGACGAGGGUAUGCUGAAACAUGACACAGGAAGAGGUGUUUUCGACACAGGAAUGGACCCUGGUUUUCUUGAUGUUUUAGAAAAACACCCAGAAAAUUCAGACAGGGUUAAAAACAUGUUGUCUAUUCUCAAAAGGGGUCCUAUUUCACCUUUCAUUUCUUGGCACCAUGGACGCCCUGCUCACAUCUCUGAAUUACUAUCUUUCCACACCCAAGAAUAUGUAAAUGAACUAAUUGAAGCUGAUAGAAAUGGCGGAAAAGAAUUAUGUGGAGGGACAUUCUUAAAUCCUGGGUCGUGGCACGCUGCACUUCUUGCUGCUGGUACUACAUUAUCGGCUAUGAAGCAUAUAAUUGAUGGACAUGGGAAUAUCGCGUAUGCAUUGGUCAGGCCACCUGGUCAUCAUGCGCAACCUACUCAAGCUGAUGGGUAUUGCUUCCUUAACAAUGCGGGUCUAGCUGUACAACUGGCUUUAGAUGGUGGCUGUAGGAAGGUUGUUGUCCUUGACAUCGAUGUUCAUUACGGGAAUGGAACAGCAGAAGGAUUUUAUCAUUCUGAUAAGGUUCUUACUAUCUCCCUUCAUAUGAAUCAUGGUUCUUGGGGCCCCUCUCAUCCACAGGGUGGAACUAUAGAGGAGCUCGGCGAAGGUGAAGGUUUUGGGUAUAACCUGAAUAUACCAUUCCCAAAUGGAACCGGGGACAAAGGGUAUGGUUACGCCAUGCAACAUUUAGUUGUUCCUGCUAUCGAGAAAUUUGAGCCUGAUAUGAUGGUUUUGGUUGUUGGGCAGGACUCAAGUGCUUUUGAUCCAAAUGGAAGACAAUGCUUGACAAUGGAAGGUUACAGAGAGAUUGGGCAGACAAUUCGUGGCAUGGCAAACAAGUAUAGCAAUGGACGACUCUUGAUAGUCCAAGAAGGCGGAUACCAUGUUACAUAUUCAGCCUAUUGUCUGCACGCGACUCUUGAAGGUGUGCUCAAUGUUUCAGACCCUCUAUUAUCUGAUCCUAUCGCUUAUUAUCCUGAAGAUGAAUCAUUUCCAACCAAGGUAAUCGAUGCUAUCAAAAAAUAUCAAAGAGAAGUUGUACCUUUUCUUAGAGAUGCUUAGUUGGUAUCUCAUUUCGUGUUUGCUUAUGAGCUCAAACACUGGGCUGGCUCGUUUGGUGUGAGGGAUAAAGAAAUAGUGAUGGGAUGAAAAAAAAUGUUUGGUUGCCUUGUUUGGGAUAAGUUAUCCCACCAUUUAAUCAUAGCGAUGGGAUAAGUUAUCUCAUAUACAUGGUGGGAUAAGUUAUCCCAGAUGACCCCUAUGUAACUUAUCGUGGGAUAACUUGUUUCCAACUAAAUGACCCCUUGCGGUGUCCCAACAAGUCUCUGCUCAGUACAACAAUGUAAUUUCAUUAGUGGGGUCUGACGACAUUAAAUGUAAAAAUUUCCCUUCUAAAUAAUAAUUUGUUAAAUUGUAUUGAGAAAAAGGGAUGCUUGUGAUGGA